AUGAGGACCUUCGUACUUUGCCUUUUGGUCACCGUGGCUCUGGCGUCUGAGGCCGAGGAAGGAAAGCAAGAGAAGACGAAACGCGGUGUCAUCCUAGGUUCAGGAGGACUAGGAGGAUCCUCCAGUGGCCUGGACCUUAGUUCCAGUUCGAGUUAUGGCAACGGUCUCGACUCCAGCGGAAUUUCCGGAGGAUUCGUCGGUGGGCUUUCCGGUGGAGGAUUGUCAGGUGGAAUAUCAGGACUACAGGGAGGUCUGAGUAGCGGAAUCGCUGGCAGUCUUUCAGGAAGCCUCGGUGGAGGACUCUCUGGAGGAUUAAGUGGAGCUGGUGGAGGUAUUCGCACCAUCACCCAACAAGUACCAGUAGUGGUCCCCCAACCGUACCCAGUGUCCAGGCCUGUGCCAGUCCCCUAUUACGUGAGACAGCCGGUCCCAGUGAUCAGAGAGGUUCCAGUUCGUAUACCUCACCCGGUUCCAGUUACAGUUGAGAGACCAGUAGCCAUCCCCCACCCUGUGAGAGUCCCAGUACCAGUUCCUCAGCCAGUCUCUGUACCCCAACCAGUGCCAGUUCCUCAUCCAGUCCCUGUUCCUCAACCGGUCCCUGUUCCUCACCCAGUUCCUGUUCCUCAACCUAUCCCUGUGCCACAAUCUGCUCCUAUUCUGGUCACUGUAUCUUCGGGAUCAAUUGGCAGUUCUAGUGGACUGACCUCUGGGGCCACAACUAGUCUAAGUCCUGGUCUCAGUUCUGGAAUUACCGGUGGCCUCAGUGGUGGUAUUAGUUCUGGAUUAAGCUCUGGCAUUAGCUCUGGUCUCGGAUCUGGUUAUGGGUCUGGUCUGGGCUCCAGCUUUGGUUCCAGUCUUGGCUCCGGUGGUCUCAACUCUGGAUACGCAUCAGGAAUCAGCUCUGGUCUAAGUGGUGGUAUUGGUUCUAUCAGCCUCUCUGGAAAUGGACUGGGUUCUGGCAUAAGCUCUGGACUAGGUGUCAGUCUGGGGUCUGGCCUUGGUACGCAAGGAUUGACAAGUAGUCUUGGCUCUGGAUAUGGAUCUGGGUACGGAUACUCGUCUGGAGGAGGAACUGGUGCGCUUGGAGCUGGUACUAUUAUAAUAAAGAAGCAUUAA